ACUAACCGAUUAUUCGAUAGACAUAACACGCUAUUGGAGAAUCGUUGAGAGAACGGAAGUAAGAAGAAGAUAAAAGUGGUCCAGAUUUAAAUUUAUCCCAUUUAAUAUUUGAUUCACGUCGUACAGAUUCAAAACUUAUUUUUUUACUUUAACUAACAUUAAAAUAUAAGUAUUACAAAUCUUUAUUAUAAUAUUUCUAUAGAUAUUUGUAGAUUAAAAUCUUUAUUAAAUUUGACAAAUUUAUCCUUAGUCCGGAUAAAUAAAUGUGGAAAUCAUCGAUAGUAAAUGCUUCAGAUCAUAUAUUUCCUGGUUUAGCAUAUCAUGAUCGUAAGAAAGAAUUUUAUGACAUAGGUAAUCAAAUACAAUCUAGUUUACCGUUACAAAUGGCUUUAUACUUUAAUGUAUGGCUUUUGCCAAUUUGGUUUUUUAUAAGUAUAAUAAGUUUGGACUCAAAGUAUUUACAGUUAACGGAUGUGUACAAAUUUAUAACAGUUGCGUUAUUCUUACUUAUUUCUGUAUUAGAAUGUACGAGAUUAUAUUUAGGAUAUCUUGGUAAUUUAGCUGAAAAGAUUCCAGAACUAGCAAGCUUUUGGCUUAUAUCCACAUUAAUACAAUUUCCAUUAGAAUUAUUUCUUCUUCUUGAUAAUAGAACUAUGCUUAAGUUUAGCGAACAAAUUGUUAAUAGUUUAAUGAUAUUUUUUCUUAGUAUAGAAAUAAUUUCAGGGACUAUAGCAUUAAAGAAUUCAGCCAAUCAUCAUGCUAAAAGAUUUUAUAUAGCUCAAUUAUAUGGAAUAGAGGAUAGGUUAAAUUAAAAAUAAUAAUUUAAUAUUCAAUUCAAUUAAUAUUUAUAUUCAUUUUAUCGCUUGAUAAAAUUUAAAUAAAAUUUUUUACAAGAUAAUUUUAUAUUGCAAGUUAUAGCAU